GUGAACUUUUUCUACAUGAAGCUUUGUCCCGUUCAGUCUCUGGUUUUGCCAAAAGCCUUUCUCCCAAAGACCAUCGAGGUCAUGGAGACUCGGGUCCCACCGCCGCCACCGCCACCGCCGCCGCCAUCACCGCCGCCGCCAUCACCACCGCCGCCGGCCACCACCAUCCUCGGCAAGUACCGAAUGAUCCGUUAUUUGGGCCAAGGAAGUUUCGCGAAGGUUAUCGAGGCCAAACCCUUGAGCAACGACGGAAGUAGCAGCCCAAAUGUAGCCAUAAAGAUCUUCAAACGGAAAAAUCUCGAUCCAGAAAUGGAACCGCGAAUCAUAGACGAAGUUGAAGCCAUGCGCCGCCUUCACCACCACCCAAACAUCAUCAAAAUCCAUGAGGUCAUGGCCACGAAGACCUAUAUCUACCUCGUAAUGGAGCUCGCCGACGAUGGCGAGCUUUUCAACAAGAUCUGUGGUGGCCGAAAGUUGAAGGUAACGAAGGUCUGGCAUUACUUUCAACAACUCGUCUCUGCUCUCCGAUUCUGCCACCAAAACGGCGUCGCUCACCGCGAUGUCAAGCCACAGAACCUCUUCCUCGACAAAGCCGGGAACCUCAAGGUCUCCGAUUUUGGUCUCUCCGCCUUACCCGAUCGGAUCCGCAACGGUCUACUCCACACGGCUUGUGGUACACCCGCGUACACUGCUCCGGAGGUUUUGACUCGGCGCGGCUACGACGGUGCUCGAGCCGACGCCUGGUCCUGCGGGAUCAUCCUCUACCACCUACUCACCGAAAAACUCCCCUUCGACGAUCAGAACAUAGCCGCUAAUCUUAUGAAGAUAAAAAAACGGGAUUACCAGUUCCCGGCGUCGAUCACCGGCAACACGCAGAAAGUAAUUACGCGUCUACUCGAUCCUAAUCCGAAAACGAGAUUGGCACUCGACGAACUCGUCCAGUUACCGUGGUUCAAGAAAUUGAUCCCUACGCCAUCGCAAGAGCCGAGUCUGUUCGAAUCAACGGCUAGAUAUUGCAAACCGACAGAGACGGAAAUCUCAUCAGCGACCAACGCUUUCGACAUUAUAGCUUCCCUAUCUUCGGGGCUGAAUUUAUCUGGACUUUUUGAGUCGUCGAAGGAGGAGGUGAUCAACAAGAGGGAGAAGCGGUUCACGGCAGUGGCGGAGGCGGAAUCCAUGGUUGAGAAGGUGAAAGAGAUUGGUGAUGGACUAGGGUUUAGGAGUGAGAGAGGUAAAGGUGGUUGGAGCUUGGGUUUUGGGAAAGGGAGAGUAGUUUUGAUCAUAGAGAUUAUGAAGCUGACGCCGACUUUGUUAAUUGGGGAAGUGAAGGUGGUUAAGGGUGGUUUCGAGCUUGAGGAGCUUCAAUGGCAAAAAUUCAAAUCUGGUCUCCAGGAUGUGGGCCUCUCUUGGUUAAACGACACCGUUUAGACUACAAUGUUUUAACAGAAACGACAUAAAAAAAACUGCAUGGUUGAUAUAACAAGUAAAAUUUUGUAGUUGUACAUCGACUUCUACCACUACAUAGAGUGACGAUGCUAGUUUGGACUAUUGGUUUAAAAUUUUCAUUUAUAGUAUUUUUUUUCUUUAAUU